AUGCGCAACCUGCCAUGGCUGCGCUACCUCAAGAAUGGUGUGUACUACUGCUUCUUUCGCCUGGCCCCAAGCAUUGGCGAGCUGCACGUGCCCAGCGAAGCAUGGGACCUUACGAAGGUUCCGUCGGGCACGCUGCACCGAAAUCCCAGCAUCCAGGGCCUAUGGCUUCUGCGCGGCUGCAUGACCGAGGAUGCCUUGGCAAAGGUUCGGGCGCUCAUCCGCAGCCUCCACGAAGGCUCCCGACCCUGGCAUGGCUACGAGAUGGGACGCUGCAUGAUGCCGCUGCACGCUGAUCCCGCCCUGGAGGACGCCACGCUGCAGACGGUCACGGCGGACCUCGACGUCUUCGGCUCCCCAGGCAGUCGAGGUGCGCUUCCUCAGCAGUGGCCGCGCCUCGCUGCGCUGCGCGCUUCGCAGGCGCCGGGCGCGGAGGAGCUCUGGCAUUUGCAGAAACUCGCGCCGCAACUGAUUGAGGACUUUGGGGACCGACGGUGCCUGUUCGUUCAGGCUCAGGCACUAGAAGCCGGCGCAGAGGUUUCUCCACACCGGGACGCGCUGCCCUCCGGUGGCGACCUGAUCGCCACGGUUGUCCUCGAGGGUUCCAGCGACGUCCGCGUCGGCUCGCAGCGCUUUGAGGUGCAAGCGGGCGAUUUCUACGCCAUCGGUCACGCUGCCCGGUACCAUGUGGAGCACGAGGUUUUGGCGUCGCCGCGCGACAGGCUCUCCGUCACUUUCCGCUACGGUCUCAGCCCGCUCACAGCACUUCCACCCCUGGCCGGCGAGGGCCUUCGACAAGGCGCCACCUUUUGA